UUCACUUCAGUUAGGCGAGAGAACCAGACAUCAUGUCUGUCUGUACUCAUGUCCAGCUUUUGCUGCUACUGCCUACUAUUACCUUUGCCAGCCACUUCUGGGGUGGAUCAGUGUCAUUUUCUCCCAAAGGAAUGAACUCGGACGGCUCUUACGAGUUGGAGAUGCGAUACAAACAAACUUUUGAUAGUUGUGGAUAUUUUUUUGGGGGUGUCUGCCUCAGUGGAUCAUGUGGCUUUGUGGCCAGCACUGAAACUAAAACGAUAUACAGCACAGGUGGCAGGAACCCAGACCAUUUCAACUGGUGCCAGACUGAAGAAAUUGUUACACGAACGAUUGCAGAUGAUCAACCAUUUAGUUUGCUACAGGUCUCCUGUUGUUGGGUGAGCCUUACAAAUGGAUUUUCAGGUUGGAGGCUACUCACAGUGGUGGAUCUGGGAAAGCGGAGUGACACGAAUGAACCAAACAGAUCCCCAGUGACUACCAGUAUAUCAUUUGUCAGAGUCCCACAGAACUGCCCACGAACGUACAAGCUGAUAACAUUCGACCCAGACAACGAUGAGGGCAGGUGUCGAUACGGAGUAUCAGGAAGUAAUGAGUGUGAAGGCUGUCAGAUUCCUACAGGCUUUGCUCUGAACCAAGCCAGAAUCAACGAGAAGGAUUUCUGCACUGUAAGUUACACCAAUGCCUCAACUGGGGUGUAUGGGUUGGAGGUCGUUGUGGAGGAUUUCCCUCAACAAACCAUCACAUUGUCCUACAGAAAUAAUUCUUUGUCUCUCAGAGGUCCUUAUGGUUCAGGCACUGGUGCACUAAGCCAAAUUCCUCUGCACUUUGCAGUUAAGGUUGAGCCUGCAAUUGCCUCUUGUGAGGAAGGUGUCUAUUUGCCAAAGUUUAUCGCCCCCACCCCUGCGAAUGGAGAAACAAUACACGCUAACAUCAACCAGGAACUUGAGAUCAUAGUCAAUACAACAGCCUCUGCAUCAAGUAUUCAUGACCUCAUCAUCAGUGGACCCCUCAACAUCGCAGUCAACAGCUAUGGGAACAGCACCACACAGUUUGUCCUGAGAUGGACUCCAAGGACUGAAGACCUGGGGGAGUACUUUCCUGUCUGCUUCGUUGCUGAAAGUAACCACAACAUCUCCUUCUACCAAUCUGACAUGAGAUGCGUCCUCGUUGAAAUUGUGGCAGAUGUGGUUGGUUUGAGCAUGAUGGUUCGGACUACACUUGAUCUGACGGAGGCAAACCAAGCCCACACAUUCCUGACGCAGUUUAAAGAAGAGCUGGUCAGGCGGGGUGCAUCCAGUUCAACCAACCUGAGACUGAGGCGGGUGGAGAAGGUGAACGAGGAGAAAGUGAACCCUUGAUGAUCGAUGAUCGCCUGGAAAAGGACAUCAAGUCUUACUGGAUGAAUUGGCAUAGCAGGCCGUUUGAAUUUCUUUAUUAUUAACUUGAUUUUCAACAAAAAUCUGCUACCCACUCUUGGGUAAGCUGAAUUGCUGAAACGGAGUCUCCGGUUACUGUAGAUUGGUGAAAUAACAGGUCAAGCGUAUGUUUCUUGGGGCAUUGUAUUUUGUAGAGAUGGGAUAUCGGUAUCGCUGUAUCGGUAUCGGGCUCAGAUAUCAACAUAAUUCAGAGAUCGGAUAGGAUCAGAAUUUUCCUUAAGUAUUGGAAUUGUCCUGAUACUAACAUUGGUCCAGGUGUAAUGUUAAUUUGAAAUCAUAACACUUGCAUAUUAUUUUUCAGGAUGAGAUUGUUACUUUUUACUUAUUCAUUGGCUUCCAGUUCUUCUGACUCCCUUUUCUGACUAAAUAGUAAGCUUAUACUUGGGCCUAUCUCAAGUUGAAACCCAUGUGGUUUUGGUAUUAGAUCGGAGUAGUAUCUGUAUCGGCAGAUAUCCAAAUUUAGAUAUGGGGAUCGGAUCGGAGGUGAAAAAAUGUCUAUCGGUGCAUACCUAGUAUUUUGUAUAUUUUUAAAAGUAAAUCAAUGAAUCCAUACAUUCCUUUGUUAACUUUGGUGGAUUGUUGUAAAUAGGUUUUUUGAGGCAUGAUGUUGUACACAGGUAGAAAAAAACAAGGAAACAGUUAACUCUACUUUGAAAUGUUUGUGUUUCAAGUUUUGCUCAGGAUUGUUGGAUGAACAAUAACAGCAUUUCAUUUUUCAGUCUUGAAUUUUGCUGUAAAAAUGCUGUAAAACUGAAAUAAAACUGGCUAUGGCAGCAUUUCACAAAAGGUGACUAUGCAUUGUCAUCAUUACUUUUUGUCCAUGCGUGUUGGGCACAGCAGUAGUAUCAGUAUUACUUGUUGUCGUAGGCUAGUAAUAGUACACUGCCUGGCCAUAAACUGGUGCAGUCAAAAAAAGAGUCACAUUCUUAUUUGUUGGAUCACCUUCAACGGUGGCACACCUUUGAUGC